AAAUUAGUGCCCUUACUCUGUGUAUCAUCUUAUGUAUGACCCUUGCAUCAGCCCUGGUCCCUCUCUCUUUCUACCCCUCAACUGGACAGUGCGCAGACAUGUCUCAUCGCAAAUUUCAUGCACCCCGCCAUGGACACAUGGGGUUCCUGCCCCACAAGCGUAGCAAGAAGCACAGGGGCAGGGUGCGUACCUGGCCCAAAGACGACCCCAGACAACCCGUCCACCUCACCGCCUUCCUGGGAUACAAGGCUGGCAUGACCCACACACUGAGGGAGGUGCACCGUGCUGGCCUCAAGCAAUCGAAGCGAGAGGAGGUAGAAGCAGUCACCAUCAUUGACACUCCUCCAGUCAUUGUGAUGGGGAUUGUGGGAUACAUUAAAACUGUCCGUGGCUUGCGUUCCCUCAAAACCAUCUUCGCAGAGCAUCUCAGUGACGAGUGCAAGCGCAGAUUUUAUAAAAACUGGUACAAAAGCAAGAAGAAAGCCUUCACCAAGUACUGCAAGAAGUGGCAGGAUGAGACAGGAAAGAAACAGCUGGAAAAGGAUUUUGAAAGGAUGAAGAAAUACUGUUCAGUAAUCAGGGUUAUUGUUCACUCUCAGAUGCGAUUGUUGCCCAUACGUCAGAAAAAGGCUCACAUCAUGGAGGUGCAACUAAAUGGGGGAAGCAUCUCAGACAAGGUGGAUUGGGCAAAGGAGCAUCUGGAGCAAGCUGUGCCUGUCUCUGCUGUCUUCUACCAGGAUGAAAUGAUUGACGUCAUUGGAGUCACCAAGGGUCAUGGCUUUAAAGGUGUGACAAGCCGCUGGCACACAAAGAAGCUUCCCAGGAAAACUCACAAGGGUCUGAGGAAGGUGGCCUGCAUUGGAGCCUGGCAUCCAGCCCGUGUGGGCUUUACCAUAGCUCGCGCUGGACAGAAGGGCUACAACCACCGUACUGAGAUCAACAAGAAGAUCUACCGUAUUGGUAAGGGUGUGCACAUCCAGGAUGGAAAGGUGAUUCGGAACAAUGCCUCAACUAACUAUGACACCAGCCAGAAGACCAUUACGCCCAUGGGAGGCUUCCCCCGCUAUGGUGAAGUGAAUAAUGACUUUGUCAUGGUGAAAGGCUGUGUGGUCGGGGCUAAGAAACGUGUCCUCACCCUCAGAAAGUCUUUGCUGGUGCACACAUCUCGCAAGUCCAAGGAGGCCGUCGAGCUCAAAUUCAUUGAUACCACCUCCAAAUUUGGUCAUGGCCGCUUCCAAACUGCCCAGGAGAAGAGGGCAUUUAUGGGGCCGUUGAAGAAGGAUGCCCUGAAAACACGGCGGGAUCCUCUGACUGAGGAAGCCUGAGAAACAUGCUCAUAUUUCCACAUGCUCAUACAGUAAUAAAACUGAGAUUCAAAUACACUA